UAGCAACAUCGCACAAUGGAUCAGUUUACUCAUACUUUUAUGAUGGCACCCACAAAGAUAUAUGUGUACUUCAGUGCAUAAUCCUUUCGGCGAGAUUAUUUCAUGAGAGAAAUACUUCAUGGAACAAUGGCACUGAAGGUACAUCUGGUGAUCCAAGUUGAAACAGCAAUGUGUUCUACAUUUCAAUAAGUUUGCGGUUGUUCACUGGACCAUGCUCUGCCUACAUCAGUGAGAACUGGAGAAGAGCCCCAACGCUGUGUCUGUUCCUGUUCCCCCCCGCACUUGACCCGACCUGCGCCCGAGACGCAGGCCCAAGAUGAACGCCUCCGAGACCACCACCCUCCCCCUCCCCCAUUGGAGCCUGUGGCUGAAUGCCAGUCCCGUGUACUCCCACCCCAACGCCACCGCCACGUCUGCGCCAAUGGCCAAGCCCAAGGCGUGCGAGCAGCUCAACAUCGCCACCGAGGUCUUCCUCACACUGGGCAUUAUUAGCCUCCUGGAGAACAUCCUGGUCAUCUGGGCCAUCAUCAAGAACAAGAACCUCCACUCGCCCAUGUACUUCUUCGUGUGCAGCCUGGCCGUGGCCGACAUGCUGGUCAGCGUGUCUAAUGCUUGGGAGACCAUCGUCAUCUACCUGCUGGCCAACCGGCAGCUGGUGGUGGACGACCACUUCACGCGGCAGAUGGACAACGUCUUCGACUCCAUGAUCUGCAUCUCGGUGGUGGCGUCCAUGUGCAGCCUGCUGGCCAUCGCUGUGGACCGCUACGUGACCAUCUUCUACGCGCUGCGCUACCACAACAUCAUGACGGUGCGUCGCGCCUCCUUCAUCAUCGCCAGCAUCUGGACCUUCUGCACGGGCUGCGGCAUCGUCUUCAUCAUCUACUCGGACUCCACGUCGGUCAUCGUCUGCCUCGUGUCCAUGUUCUUUGCCAUGCUCGUGCUCAUGGCGUCCCUCUACAGCCACAUGUUCAUGCUGGCUCGCUCGCACGUCAAACGCAUCGCCGCGCUGCCCGGCUACAACGCCAUCCACCAGCGGGCGAGCAUGAAGGGCGCCAUCACGCUGACCAUCCUGCUGGGCAUUUUCGUGGUGUGCUGGGCGCCCUUCUUCCUGCACCUCAUCCUCAUGAUCUCCUGCCCGCGGAACAUCUACUGCGUCUGCUUCAUGUCGCACUUCCACAUGUAUCUCAUCCUCAUCAUGUGCAACUCGGUCAUCGACCCGCUCAUCUACGCUUUCCGCAGCCAGGAGAUGCGCAAGACCUUCAAGGAGAUCAUCUGCUGCUACAGUCUGCGGAAUGUCUUCGAGAACGUCCUCACGCUGCCUAUGACGGACCGGACGGCCAGCAACCAGGUCUACGACACGUCUCAGGCAGCAAGGAACGCCAAGCGGUCAUAAGCUGGUGCAAGUCAAUGCUUGGAGGAUUUCAUAUCAUGUGAUAAGCUACACCUGCAGUGCCACUUGGACUCAAAGGAUGGAUGGAUGUAAACAGGACUAUUCACUAUCAUGACUGUCAAUAAAAUAUUACAUUCUUAAAGGUUGUCAUUUGAUAGAUCCAUCAAUUCAUAUUCAAAUACUUUUAAGAAUAUGGUGAAAAAGAUCAUUCUGCCACAUCUUACAGACUAUCAGUAUCAACUGUAAAUAUCUAAAAUAAUGUCAACAUUAAAGUUGAAAAGAGCUAUCUGAAGGCAUAAACUAUCAUAGUGUAAUACUACUGUAAAUGUGCUACAAGACAUCAGGACUUCUUAUAAAUGCGUGUGGUAAACUAGUUGUAAAUAAAUGGUGUACAUUGUUAUAAUAUGUAGAUUGUAAGAUUGAUAUAUCGUCACCUUGAUAUGACACUAAUCUACUGUGAGCUAUCUUGAAUGUAACAUCUUUUUUCAUGCAUAUCCAUGCAUGUUUAUAUUUCCUUCUGAUCCCGUCAGACGACUCUUUCCUGGGAUUUCUCUGGUCCAUGUACACUUAGGUGUGCGCAAUGAGACCAUUCUUCAUUUAAAUAGGCUGAAUGAGUGAAUACAAAAUCAAAUAUGUCUGUUUUUAGGGGUACCAACAAAGUUAUAUCUUUGUAAUGCAAAAACAAAUCACAUUCUUCUUUCUUCACUUUGGCCUAUUCCAUAGGCAUGCAGCUCUUACAUGAACAAAAACAUUUGAAUUUCAUCACUUUUAAGAUAGAUUUUUUAAGAAGAUAUAAAUGAGGAAGUCUCCAAGAAUCACAUAAUCACCUUGCCCAAAGAUGACCACAAGUGUGUAAGCCCCAACCAUUCCAUAUCCAAUAUCUGCCUUUUUUGUCAUUGCAUGACAUGUGCCUAUACUUACACAAAUGCAGAUAAAUGCACAGAACUACCAUUACUUGUGGGAUAAAACAUUUUAUCAAACACUUUAUCAAAGCAUUAUUCUCUGAGGGCAAGAUAAAAGGACAAGGACAGCUCAUCAUGGAUAACUGAGAGAUGUGGGGUUUUAAUGACAGCAAUUAAUUAUAUUGAAUGAUCCCAAUGUUAUUUAUUCUGCAGUGUUAUCACAAAUAAGUGGGGAAAAGCCUAUAUAGCUACAGUACAUAUUGAUAAUAAAUAUAGUGGAAACCAUUCAACGUCACCAAGAAACUACCAAAGAUUUGAGUAUAUACCUACU